AUGGCAUUUUUCCAGCUGCCUCAUCCAGUCCAACACAGCCAGGGAUUGAUGUCAGCGACUGAGAGUGCCAGUGCAGAGGCUGUAGAUGCAAGGGAGGCACCUGGUCGGAUGAAGUCGAGCAUUUCCCACAUCCCAUACUCAUCAUUAAUUGCUGAAUAUAUUCCAAGCAUUGCUUUCGCUGCUGGCACUAAGGGUGGGAAAAAGGAAACGGAGACGCCAAUGAGAGUGCGUGCUUACCAUACAGGGAUGAUUGCCUCGACUAAAGGGUCAGAGCUGGAGGUUCAUUUCUCCCUCCGGGCAAUGAAUGGAGUCCAUUUCGAUCAUCUGCGGCAGAACAACAAGUCCCGAGAUGACGGUAGUAGGAUUGAGGCUAAGGAGGUUUCCUGUUGA